AUGGAGGGUUUUGUUGAGCAGCUGCGCGCACGCGUGCGGUACGUGCAAGCCGGUGGCGUUGUGUCGGCGGAGGAUGCUGCCAAGGCCGGUGUCUCUAUUGCAUCCAUCGAGGCGGACGACCGUGUCCGCAAGCUGCACCUGAGCCGCGGCAAGAUGCUCGCGCGCGAGCGCAUCGAGCGGCUUAUCGACCCUGGCACCCGCUUCCUCGAGCUCUCGCAGCUGGCUGGGUGGGACUUGUACUGGGAUGACAAGAAGAAGGAGUACGAGAGGUGCUACAGUGGUGGCAUUUUGACGGGCGUCGGCAUCGUGAACGGCGUUCGAUGCAUGCUCGUCGCGAACGACGCAACGGUGAAGGGUGGAACGUACUACCCAAUCAGCGUGAAGAAGCACCUGCGCGCGCAGAAGAUUGCGGAGCAGAACCACCUGCCCUGCAUCUAUCUCGUCGACAGCGGCGGCGCGAACCUCAGCCGUCAGGACGACGUCUUCCCUGAUGAGCAGCACUUUGGUCAUAUAUUUUUUAACGAGGCGCGAAUGUCCGCCAAGUCCAUCUCGCAGAUUGCGGUGGUGAUGGGCAGUUGCACGGCGGGUGGCGCCUACGUGCCAGCUAUGGCAGAUGAAAAUAUCAUUGUAGCCCGCAACGGCACCAUCUUCCUCGGCGGGCCGCCGCUUGUCUUCGCGGCCACCGGAGAGAAGGUAUCGUCAGAGGGUCUCGGAGGCGCAGACGUGCACUGCCGCAUCAGUGGCGUGGCGGAUCACUACGCGACUGACGACCUGCACGCCUUGUACCUCGCGCGCCGCGCCGUGGCGAACUUGAACUUGAAGGAGCACAAUGAAGCUCGGAACCCAACCGAUAUGAAGCCGGUGCCACCGCUGUACGACCCGAGGGAGCUGGGCGGGUUUAUCCCGGAUAUGCUGUCGGACGUUGUCAAGAGCUUCGACGUGCGGGCCAUCAUUGCGCGCAUCGUCGACGGCAGCCGCUUCGAUGAGUUCAAGGCGCUGUACGGUAGUACGCUUGUGUGCGGCUUCGCAAGGGUUGAGGGAAUGCAGGUAGGCAUUAUCGCGAACCAGGGCAUCCUCUACUCGGAAUCCGCCCUGAAGGGGGCGCACUUUAUCGGUCUGUGCACGCAGCGCAAGGUGCCGCUGCUCUUCCUCCAGAACAUCACCGGCUUUAUGGUGGGCAAGAAAUACGAGGAGGGCGGCAUCGCUCGCAACGGUGCUCGGCUCGUGAUGGCAGUGUCCACGGCACCGGUGCCGAAGAUCACGGUACUCAUAGGUGGCAGCUAUGGCGCCGGCAACUACGGCAUGUGCGGGCGCGCCUUCGAGCCGCGCUUCCUCUUCAUGUGGCCAAACGCGCGCAUCAGCGUGAUGGGCGGGACGCAGGCCGCCACGGUGCUUGCCUUAACGAACCGUAACUUGAAGAAUGCCUCGGAGGCCGAGGUUGCUGCGUUCAAGGACAAGGUGAAGAAGAAGUACGAGAGGGAGGGUUCGUGCUACUACAGCACCGCGCGCCUCUGGGACGACGGCGUGAUUGCUCCGGAGGACACGCGUGUCGUUGUGGCAGAAGCGCUGCGCGCGACGCGGCUGGAACCGAUGGAAAAAAAAUAG